GCCACCGGACGCUGUACGUGGGCGUGCGGAUGCCGCUGGUGCGCCAGAGCCACCGGCACCACCGCGCCCACAGCCAGAAACACCGAAAACGGGAGCGGGAGAAGGAGCCGGUCCCCGCCGAGCAGGGCGACCACUGUAAGUCCCGCCGGGACACCCCAUCCCAGCGGGUCCAGUUCAUCCUGGGCACGGAGGAGGACGAGCAGCACGUCCCCCACGAUUUGUUCACGGAGCUGGACGAGAUCUGCGUCAAGGACGGGGAGGACGCAGAGUGGAAGGAGACGGCCAGGUGGCUGAAGUUCGAGGAGGACGUGGAGGACGGCGGCGAGCGCUGGAGCAAACCCUACGUGGCCACGCUGUCCCUGCACAGCCUCUUCGAGCUGCGCAGCUGCAUCAUCAACGGCUCCGUGCUGCUGGACGUGCGCGCCAACAGCGUUUUCCACGAYGUCGCCUACAAAGCCAAGGACCGCGCUGACCUGGUGGCCGGCAUYGACGAGUUCCUGGACCAGGUCACGGUGCUGCCGCCGGGCGAGUGGGACCCCUCCAUCCGCAUCGAGCCCCCCAAAAACGUCCCCUCCCAGGAAAAGAGGAAGAUGCCAGGAGCUCUGGAUGAGAGCUCCUCCCACAGCAAACCGGAGAAGCACAGCGGCCCCGAGCUGGAGCGCACUGGGAGGCUCUUUGGGGGGCUGCUCCUGGAUGUGAAGCGCAAGGCCCCGUGGUUCUGGAGCGACUUCCGCGACGGUCUGAGCCUGCAGUGCCUGGCGUCCUUCCUGUUCCUCUACUGUGCCUGCAUGUCCCCAUUAAUUACUGCUAAUUAAACACUUGGCUUCUUCACACACCCUCAGGGGCGUGGAAACCUCCGUCACCCCCUGCAGCCUCCUCAAAUUGCUCCCCAUUUUCCCCGGAGGAAGGCUCGGCUCCAAGACCUGUGCUGGCCUUUCCCCCAGGAGGAUUUGUGUUUUUCCAGGGACUACACGCUCUCCUACCUGUCCCUGCGGACGUGCAUCGGGCUCUGGACCGCGUUCUUCUGCGUGCUGCUGGUGGCCACGGACGCCAGCUGCCUGGUGUGCUACAUCACCCGCUUCACCGAGGAGGCUUUCGCCUCCCUCAUCUGCAUCAUCUUCAUCUACGAGGCCCUGGAGAAGCUGAGCCACCUGCGGGAGACCUUCCCUGUGCACAUGCACAGCCAGCUGGACCUGCUCACCAUCUAUUACUGUAAAUGUGAGCCCCCMGCCCAUCCCAGCAACGAAACCCUGCGGCUCUGGCGGACC